CGGGCACUCUGGAGGAAACCUCAGCCCAUCGAAAUCACUGCCAGGGCGUGCGGCUGCGUGUUAUCCUGCGGCCGGGAAAGCAUAAUGGAGGCCCGGCAGUGGAGUUGCUGAGGCCUUCCCGCCAGUCCUGGUCCCACCAUGGUGCCUCCUCUUGGUGGUGGUCUACUUCUUCUCUGAGCAAAUCUCUCAAAGCUCCCCUGAAGCGCAGAGAACAGCACAUCCUCGGCUGCAUCCUUCUAGCCAUGCAUCUCACCCCACAUGUAUUUAUGAGAAAGAAAGGAAGUGAGAGCUGCUACCUAACAAGCUCAUAGAGAAGUCUCAGAAUUUUCCUAAAGGAAUUUAUUUCUUGGUGCAUAGCUAGCAAACAGCAAUGAAAACAGUUCUUCUGUUACUCAGAGAGCUUGUGGACAAAUGUAUAGGCUCCCGCAUUCAUAUUGUGAUGAAAAGUGAUAAAGAAAUUGUUGGAACGCUUCUAGGAUUUGAUGACUUUGUCAAUAUGGUGUUAGAAGAUGUUACAGAAUUUGAGAUUACACCUGAGGGCAGAAGAAUCACAAAACUAGACCAGAUUUUGUUAAAUGGAAAUAACAUAACAAUGCUGGUUCCUGGAGGAGAAGGACCUGAAGUAUAAAUCGAUACAGUUGUCGUCUGUGGAGACAUAUAUAUAUAUAUAUGUAUAGAAUAUAAUAUAAAUAGAGCUUUUGGGAUAUGGGUGUGUUUGUUGGUUGUUUAUUUUGUUUACGUGCUCUUGCAGUUGAUAUUUGAUAACAGACAGGGAUUUCCUCUUCAGGAAAGGUGCGCUGCUAGUGAUGAUGCUGACUUUGUCAGUUGAAAUCAUUACCUUUUUGUAAUGAUGCACUAAUCUGUCCUGAAUGAAAGGCUUUCUUUUAGUUA